AUGACCGCGACCGUCAACCGCCCAGCAUGUCUCCUUCUCCUGCCCCGCCUUUCUUCUGUAUCCCGCGCAACGACAACCGCCCACUUUUCAACGACAGGACCGCGGAAUAAGUUUCUCAACCGGUUCGAGCCGGCCCCGCUGCCAAAGCCGCCGCCAGAAGGCCCGUCGUUUUCGGGCCAGUUGACGGGCAGUAUCACGAGACGGCUGGCGCGCGAGAAGGCGGAUCUGGAGAGGUUGGCGAGAGUGCGGCCGGAGAGUUCGCUUGCGAGGGCGUUUAGUCUUACGUUCAUGCUCUUCUUCGUCGGCUCCGUAUCGUGGUACCUCGGCUUCAAAUACCCCCGCGAACCCGACCCCGAUUCAACCCUGCCCCUCGGUACUGGCCGCCAACCAAAGUACAACAUGAACCCGGCGCAUCUGGAGGCCGCGUGGGCCGACUUUGUGGCCAUCGUCGGUCGGGACAAUGUCAGCACGGUCGAGGACGACAUCAAGGCGCAUGCCACGUCCGACUGGUCGUCGCACCAGUCCGAUCCAGCGCACAAGCCCUUCUGCGUCGUCUAUCCGUCCACCACCGAGCAGGUCGCCGCGGUGAUGAAGAAUUGUCAUACCCGGCACAUCCCCGUCGUUGGCUACAGCGGCGGCACCAGCCUCGAGGGCCACUACACCCCCACGCAUGGGGGGAUCUGCAUCGACUUUAGCCGCAUGGACAAGGUCAUCGCGCUGCACAAGGAGGACCUGGAUGUGGUGGUGCAGCCGGGCGUCGGCUGGGAGAACCUCAACGAGCAACUGGCCGAGCACAACCUCUUCUUCCCGCCCGACCCGGGCCCGGGCGCCCAGAUUGGUGGCAUGAUCGGGACAGGCUGCAGCGGCACCAACGCCUACCGCUACGGCACCAUGCGCGAGUGGGUGCUCUCGCUUACCGUCGUGCUCGCCGACGGCACCGUCAUCAAGACCCGCCAGCGCCCGCGCAAGAGCAGCGCCGGCUACGACCUGACCCGCCUCUUCAUCGGCUCCGAGGGCACCCUCGGCCUAGUCACCGAGGCCACGCUCAAGCUGUGUGUCAAGCCCGCCGCGGCCUCCGUCGCUGUCGCCAGCUUCCCCACCAUCCGCCACGCGGCUGACUGUGUCGCGCGUGUCGUCGGCGACGGCGUCACCGUAGCCGCCGUCGAGAUCCUCGACGACGACCAGAUGCGCUUCAUCAACGCGCUCGGCAACACCACGCGCAAGUGGCGCGAGGCGCCCACCAUCUUCUUCAAGUUCAGCGGCACCGCCGCGGGCGUGAAGGAGCAGAUCGACCUGGUCCGCACCAUGUCGCGCCGCGCGGGCGGGCAGUCGUUCGACUUUGCCCGUGAUGAGACCGAACAGACCGAGCUGUGGUCCGCCCGGAAAGAUGCGCUCUGGGCGACUAUGGGCCAGCGCCGUGAAGGUGAUCAUGUCUGGACCGGCGAUGUGGCCGUGCCGGUCAGCCGCCUGCCGGAUAUCAUUGAGGAGACCAAGCGUGAUCUCAAGAGGUCGGGACUGACUAGCUCCAUUGUCGGCCACGUUGGCGACGGCAACUUUCAUAUCAUCCUCCUGUAUAACAAUGUCGAGCGCGAGCUAGCCGAAGACUGCGUCCAUCGGAUGGUGAAGCGGGCGGUCGAGAUGGAAGGCACUGUAACGGGCGAGCAUGGUGUCGGACUUGUCAAGCGCGAUUACCUGCCUCACGAGCUGGGCACGACUACCGUGGAUGCUAUGAGAAGGAUCAAGGCAGCAUUCGACCCGCUCUGCCUGCUGAACUGUGACAAGGUCGUGCGCGUGCAUAAGCCGGCGCGAGGGGAAAUCAAGGAGUGGUAA